AACUGCCUGCUUGUGUGCUUUCUCCUGCGCAUGCGUGGUGCACGAGUACUGAGUUGUUGUAUUCCUCCAGCGCCGGCUUGUGUGUGACUGUACCUGAGGGUGUCGGUGAUUCUUCGUGUUAGAACCAGAUGUGUACAGUGAAGAGAAAUCCCUCCUCUUGUAACUGAUGCCAACUGGAACUGCGUGGAGGAGUGGGCGCAUAAAAGGAAACUCCGGGAGCAAGUGGGAGACAUUCACACUCGCGAAGCCCGUCAUAUUCAGUAGGCCAACCGUUACCUAACCUGUUUACAUCGGCACAGUGUACCUCGAGAUCUUGAGCAAUCGUGAAGUGGAUGCGAGAUACCGCGCCGCGACAAGAAGCAACUCGGAGAUUGUGGAGCUAUAACUCCAGGGACACUUCUUCGGUUUUCUGGUUGAAUUUCUGGGCGGACUAAGAUGCCGGGAGUUGGGAGGAAAACGCCGCAGGUUCUGCGCACGUGGCUGUUGUUUGGCGCUGUCUGCUUGGCGUUCGUGUCGUCGUGCCGGGCGGAAUCUAACGAAGUGGAGGGGAUGACUGAAGAGUUAAAAGAACUCUCCAUUGAGGAGCUUAAGGAGGAUCUCAUCGAUGAGUUACUGCAAGACCUGGUCAACAGUGCUCAGAGGAUGAUCAGAGGAAGUCCAAACGGCAACUUGGUCCAUCUGGUGUCUGGGUGGCAAUCACCGCGCCAAAAGAAAGGCUUCUUUGGAGCCAAUCAAAUGACCAACGUGAAGAGUGGCUUUCACAAGAAGAGCGCCGCCGACGACAGCGAUCUGUGGGGUGCGUACGUUGAGGACAAGAGGGGGCGCACUACCUUCGACAACCAGUUGACCAGCCUGAACAGCGGCUUCCAUAAAAGAAGCGACGGCGAGUCAGGUCUUUUUGAAGAGGACAAAAGAGGGCGUAGUUCAUUUUCAGGUGCCAGCCAUCUGACCAACAUCAACAGCGGCUUCACUAAAAGGGAGAACGAUGAAGCAGCACAAGAGGAGGCGGUCAAGCGAGGACGAUCUUCGUUCAACAACCAACUUACCCACCUUGCCAGCGGCUUUGCCAAGAGGAAUGACGAAGAAGCGGGCCUUUUCGAAGAGAACAAAAGAGGGCGCUCUGCAUUCUCGGGUGCCAGUCACUUGGUCAAUAUCGGCAGUGGCUUCAAAAGAGGUGGCGACGAAGCAGCACAAGAGGAGGUGGUCAAGCGAGGACGAUCUUCGUUCAACAACCAACUUACCCACCUUGCCAGCGGCUUUGCCAAGAGGAAUGACGAAGAAGCGGGCCUUUUCGAAGAGAACAAAAGAGGGCGCUCUGCAUUCUCGGGUGCCAGUCACUUGGUCAAUAUCGGCAGUGGCUUCAAAAGAGGCGGCGACGAAGGGGCUUGGCAAGAUAGUCCCGAUAAGAGAGGGCGCUCGGCCUUUUCGGGUGCCAGCCAACUGAACCAUCUUGACAGCGGGUUCAAAAGAGGCGGCGACGAGGGGCACUGGGAAGAGAACAAGGACAAGAGAGGGCGUUCUGCAUUUUCGGGCGCACGAUCACUGACCAAAGUCGGUAGUGGCUUUAAGCGAGAUGGGAAUUUCAAUACGGGGCCCAUGGUACAUAUACCCAGUGGGUUCGUUGAGAAGAGAUCAGUCAAGACGCCAGGAGCAUUGUAGUCAGUGAGCUAUUGCAUCAUCAGUUAAAUAAAUUACGAACUUGAUUAGAGACAAACA